GAUCAUAAGCCCAUGCCUUGUUGCUCACACUACUCCGAAUCAUCCGAUUUCUGGUUGUGGAGGCCAGCAGCCCCAUCAUUUUUCUUACACUGCCCCCCGCCCCUCUCCCACCGUUUGUUGAUUCUCUCCCCCUGCUCAUGUUGUGGCUUUUUCCCACCCCCAUCAGCUCAUCAUCUCCACCAUUCCGUUGCUGCUGCCUGGAGGUGUAGGAGCCAUCAGUAGCAGCAACAGUGUCAAUACCCAGUCUCUCUCACCCUGUUUUGUUUUGUUUUUGUUUUCUCAUGCAGAGUGGAAGUUGACUCCAUCUCGUGGUUUUCUUUCCAGUUCGUGGCAGUUUUUUUGAGUUUGUUGUCAGUUGGUUGCAAAGAAUUGGCUGAUGUGGGUGGUGUUUGAGGCUCAGAGGAUUUAGGAACAGUGUGUGUGUGUGUGCGUUGUUUCGUUUGAGGAUGGUGAGAAUGAAGCGUGGGAAUGGAUGAUUGAGAAUUGGGUAGUAGAUUGGUGGCAGGUGUGAAGGUGAAGUUGAUGGUCUUGUUGUCUCGUUUCAGUUUUUUCUGGUGAUUUUUCUAGAGUUGGGUUGGUAGUGGUUGGAGGGAGGAGGUUCAGGGAGUGGGAGUAUGAGAGCAGAUGACUGGAAUGGGAGGGGUUUCGGUUUUUAGGAGGGGUUUGAGUGGGAAUUCCGAGUGCAAGCUGUGAUGCGGCUGCUCUUGUGUGGCUGAGGGAACUCUUUGGAAGGAGUUGAAGGGUCAGAACGGCGGUGGUGGUGCCGUGUUUGAGACUUGCAUUGCGUGGAAAGUGGGAGUAGGAGAGCAGGGGGGUAGGAUCUUCAGAGUAAAAGAGGGAGAGAAAGAAAGAGAAGCUGAGGUUGUGAUACGCAGAGAGAAGAAGCGAGUUGGAAAUGUGAUUGGAGGAAACCAUUCGUCCAGGAAAGUAAGCUUCCGCAAAUUUUCUCGCGUUCUUGAAAGGUUCAAGCAUUUGCGCGGGCUGUUUCCAAAUAUAUGUACGAGCAGUUAGUAGAGAGAACAUGCUGCAGUCAAACAUUAAUGAGGCUCAGAGGCUCCUCCUGUAGUGCAGAUCCGCAGAAGCUAAUGUUUCAGAAGUCUACCACAUCUGAGUGCCAAAUUAAGCUGCCUCGUAGGCUCUCUCAACAUGGGUGUGUGUUGUCCAAAGAUGGCACCGGCGAAACACAAGGAUGAACAACUUAAUUCAAAUCCAUCUGCGGUUGUGCCAGCGUCAUCCUCCCCAACUUAUUGUGAAUCAAGCCCUAGUGAAACUGCACCGAGCGAGAUGACGUAUGCAGACGCUGAGAGUAAUCUUCCUAGAGUACAGCUUAUUGGAGACGUCCUUUGUCUCUUUACACUGCGUGUGCUGAUUGCGUUGCAAUUCAAGGGUGUUGUUGUGGAUGCAACUUGGCUCACACCUGCAGACUUGACCAAUCCCAAGGUAGUCAACACAAGUCCUGAUGGAAAAUAUCCUGUGUUGAAAUAUGGUCAUCACAAAAUCGUCCAUUCCACAGACGUUAUGCUGGAAUAUAUCGAGGAGACUUUCCAAGAUCCCACGUUGAUCCCAAGCCCUAUAAGAAGCGAAGUCAUGAAUUGGGUAGCUUUUAUUCGGGAUGAAUUCACGCCUAUUGUGGGGCAGUUGGUUUAUGAUGGAAGUCCCUUGGUUCAACAAGAAUUGAGACCGAACUUAGAAUCCGCCUUUGCCAAAUUGGACAGUGGUAAAUUGGUACAUGGAAAGCAGGGUCGAUUCUUUUUUGGGAACCAUUUUACUCUUGUAGAUGUCUAUCUCAUUCCAGCUCUACUUCUCGUUGAUGUGGCUAAGUUCUUUCGGGGUAUUGAAAUUGGAGCUGCUCACCCUCAUCUACUCUCUUAUAGUUUAGGUUUACAUUCUUUUCCCAACUAUGCUCCAGUGCGGGUGGAUCUGGAGUUACUGAAAGGAGCCAUAGCCAAAGUUCUGGACGAGAGGGCUCCAUCUCCUUUGAUCGUGAUGACUGUGCUACAACAUCGGAGCAUUUCAUGGCACUUGGAGAAGUUACUUGCACUCGCUGAUGAGCUACUAGUAAAUAAACUUGAGAUAGAAGUGGGGGAGUUUGGAAGACGAGGAGCAGGGAAACGAAUGCAACUGCUUUGGAAGAUGUAUGGACGCCUGGUGGACUUGAUGCAAGAACAUGCACAGAUAGAGGAGAGAGUCAUUUUUCCUGCAAUAGACUGUACAGAGGAAGGAAUGAGUGAGUCAGCGCUCAUGGAUCAUGCCCGAGACCUUCCAGUGAUGAAUGGAAUACGCGAAGACAUAAAGGGGGUGAUGGCGCUGGAGCAAGGCGGUUCUGACCAUCUGGAAGGUUUGCAGGCUCUUGCUGCUCGAUUGCGUGUUUACCAAAAAAACGUCGUGGAACAUUACCAUGAAGAAGAGAGGGAUCUGUUACCACAGCUCAACAUAGCUGAUAUUGGGAGAGACAAGCAAGAGGAAUUAGUGAUUCAGUGUUUUGGGGUUAUGGAGGAGUCCCAUGGGAGGCUACUACCGUUCCUUCUUCAAGGGUUAGAGCGCCAUGAAGUAAACCAAUAUCUUGGGCUCUUCCAGAAGUCAUUUGAAGGAGGGAACAGCCGACUUUUCAUGAGAAUGUCUUCCUGCCUAGAAAAUGCAGACGAAGAGUUUAAUGAAGUUUGUAAAGUGGCGCAAGAAAGGAUGGGUGAAGUUAUGGCUCCUGCAAAAGACAAUGCCUGAUGGAUCGUGACAAACACUAUUUUCUGGUGCUUGUGGUGUGACACGCUUCACUCCAAUUCUGCCUGGUGUAGGGUUUAGGGUUGAGAUUAGUGUCGUAAUUGAUGGUUACCAAGUUACUGAUGCGUAUAGAAUGCAAUUCCUGCACUAGGUUUUGUUCUCGUGCAGUUGCCACUGGGGUAAUGGUGGGUGAGUUACCUGAGGUCUUUGUAGAACCUGUUGUCUGGUUUUGAGUGUGCGUAUGCCCCGAUACGCAGAACUUUCGUGGUCCACCCCUGAGUAAAUGUACAUUAGAGUGUAGAAUAGGUCCUCUGGCGCUUUAUUAUCAGAGAUUGUAAGGUUACAAUCUUGAGCUGCAGACUUUCUUUUUUUUUGAUUGGUCCUAGGAUAGUACAUACUAGAGGUUAUUGCAAGUUACUCUGUUUGAAAGCAGGACCAGGACCAUGAAAACACCACAGGUCCAUUGUAGAUUACUGGUAGUUCCUCUUCAUCCGAGGCUGAAAAUCGGGGAUAACUAUGUAGAUUUUGGUCGCCAGUGUCUCUAACCGCUAUUGUUGCAUGGCACGUGGGGAGUCCUCACUGAACCCCACUUCUUCACCAAUAUUCAAUCCUCUUCCUGAGUGUUUGAACUGCUUCGAUGUAUGUGUAUUAAGAAAGUUGCUUUUCCUAUCCUUGAAGACAUCCAUUUGGUGGGUUGCAAUUAUUGUAAAGCUCAUCUUUCUACACUUCGCCCU